AUGACGAGUUUGAUGAAUUAUUACGACGUGCUUGGUUGCACGAGGGAAUCGACGGCCGAAGACGUGAAACGCGCGUAUCGCGCGUUAGCUCUCAAGUUUCAUCCGGACAAAAAUACGUCCGAAUCUGAUAGUGCGAAUCUUCAACGUGUUCUGGAAGCUUGGCACACUCUGCGCGACCCGAAAUCGAGACGGGAGUACGAUGCUGUGCAAAGGCAAGAAGAGUUGGAUCUGGAGAACGUCCCGAUAUAUGCGAAAAUAUCGAUCGACGAGAUGAAAGAGACGGACGGUAACGGAGAUACGUUGGCUUAUCCGUGCAGAUGCGGAGGAUCGUAUCGUAUAGAGAAGCGAUACACGUGGGAGAAAAAUCAGUCGAUACACGUUCCUUGUUUGGAGUGUACCUUCCUCGUUGUUAUUGAAACGUGA